UUGCAUUGAAUACUGGAGGCUUGCAUGAGAACAGCCGGUGGUUUCGCAAAGCGACAUCGCUCAUCCAUCACAACGAGCCACAGACGUGAGUGUGACUGUGUUUGUCAGAGAGACCUAUCGCCUCAUCUGUUCUCCCUUUCCGCAGAUCGGGUCAUUUCAACCGCUGGUGUACUGCACACUGCUGCUGCUGACUGUGCACAUACCGCACCCCCCUGUGCAGAGAAUGACCUCCACGGGCAUCUGAGUGCCGGACCAGCAGCGACCAUUCCAGGCGGUCUCAUAUAGACAUCGAUUUUCACAAUGACUGAAUUUUUGACCGCACUGGUCUGUGCCUCAGAAAAAUCUGCAAACAUUGCUCGAGCCUGCAAGCAAGAGGAGACACUCUUUCAGCUGCUGGUGCAAGAGAAAAAAGGGAGUGAGAAAAAUAAGAAAUUUGUUAGUGAUUUCAAAACACUGGCAGAUGUAUUAGUCCAAGAAGUAAUCAAGCAUGAUAUUGGAAAGAAAUUUCCAGGGCUGGAAGAUUACAUCUUUGGUGAGGAAUCAAAUCAAUUCACUAAUAGUCUGGGAGAGAAGAUCAAUGUUGAAGUCUGUGCAACAGAGACAGAAACUGCAGAGCUGUUGAGCAAAGUGUUGGAUGGUAAUAUUACAGCAGCCAAACUAUUAGCUCGGAUUGUUCAUCAUGAUGUCUCCAUGAAAGAUCCUGCAUUGGAGAAGGUGAAAGUUGAUAUUCCCCAGGAUACCAUGGCAGUGUGGGUAGAUCCUAUAGACUCAACAUUUCAGUACAUAAAAGGAUAUGCUGAUGAAAAGCCGAAAGAUGGAAUUUACUCCAAAGGCCUCCAGUGUGUAACCAUUCUGAUUGGUGUAUAUAACCGAAGUUCUGGGCUCCCCAUAAUGGGGGUCAUCAACCAGCCCUUUGUAACCCGUGAUCCAGAUAGUCUCAGAUGGAGAGGUCAAUAUUUCUGGGGGCUUUCGUAUAAAGACAUCAACAUCUGUUCACUGCAGAAUCAGGAUGCAAAUGCUAUAUCUCAGUCAACUGAUGAUCAGCAUGAAGAUCCAAGGUGGAAUGAAGACCUGCAGCCCAGAGAUGAUAAUUUAUCAGCUGUCAUUAGUACAAGUGAAAACGAAGCUAUCAAGACGGCAUUGUCCAUGUUACGGUUGUACUAUGCAGCUGGUGCUGGCUAUAAGAGCCUAUGUGCUGUACAAGGCUUUGUCAGUGUCUAUCUUUUGUCUGAGGACACCACUUUCAAAUGGGACUGCUGUGCACCUCAUGCUAUACUGAGGUCGUUGGGAGGAGGUAUGGUAGACUUUAGAGAAUGCUUGAAAAGAAUAAAAGAUGGCAAUUUGGAUGAACUUCCUGAGUUAAUCUAUAAUACACCAGUGAAUGGUGCCACUGGUGUAGACAGAUGGGCCAAUAAAGGGGGCUUAGUAGCUUACAGGUGUCCCAAACAUUUGGACACCAUUAUGAACAUCAUUUCUAAAGUCAACCUUGGAGAAUAAUUAUGUUUUAAAUUGCCUUUCCACUUAAAAGGGCAGCUAAUAAUAUGAUAAAAUGUAUUACAAAUAUGAUACAGUUUUGGACUUCACAUACUUUAGUUAGCAAUACAACAAAACCAAAGGAAGUCUUGCAUUUUAUGGUCAGAUUCACAGAGCAAACUUUAAAGAGAGAAUGUACAGUGCUCAUUUAAGUAAGAACUGAGACUACUAGCAUGGAGACAAAUCUCCAAGAUUGCAAGGUGGUAUAUUUAUUUACCAUGCAGCCACUAACACUAUAAAUAUAUAUAUGGAUAUAUGUUCUAUCACAGCAUUUCUCAAAUGUCUUCCUAGUGUGACCACAUUUUAAUGCUUCUGGCAUUGUGUUAUCCCAGAGUGAAAAUUUAAGGGCUUUGAGACUUGUUGCGGGGGAGAUUUCAGCUGUUGAUCAGCCGUGGGAGAAGUGAAAUGAGUGUGGGCAAAGUUGACGCAAAGCCAAGCGUUUCACAAGAAAUGCAAUACCUACUGUUUCACAAGCCUGUUCUGUUCAACAAUCCAGGCUGUGGCAGAGUAGUCCAUUAACCCAUGUCCACCAGUAACAAAAAAAAAGCAAAGCUUCAAGGGGGCCACAAAGUCCAAGUCCCAUUGCAGGCAUUGCUUGGGACCUCGCAAUCUUGUGUCGCAACUGCACUGGGGAGUCACCACUCACAGUCUGCAAGACCCGAUUUCAUGACAAAAUGAAUUUGGUUGAAUUCAGACACAGGGCAUAAAUUUAACAGUGGCAUGACAUUUCCAGUGGCAGAAUCUCUUUCUUGAUUUUUCCUUGUCCCUGCACUGUUACAAUUAUAAUCGAUAGAACUGCAAGGUACAUCGUACAGCAGGGGAAGUUCAACCCACUGGAGCUACACAUGGGUUGUAAAAGAACCUCCUGGACAAGCAGGGAUACAGUUCAUCACAGUCACAACUUUCCUGCCCAACAGUAAUUCACUUUAUUCAUGUUGGCAUCAUUGUUAUUUGUGGAGACCAGUUUAGUCAGAGAACUACAUGUACUCGCACAUCUCAUGGUUGGCACACAUUAGUUACAGUGGAAUUAAGAACAUCUCAUUCUUGUGCAAGAGGCAGUGAUGAGUUGACUUGUUCACAUGUCCUGUUUUGUACUCUGCAGUCUGUGUGACGUGGCUGAAUUUGCAGUUUCAACUGGCUGUCCCUUCAAAGCAUUGUAAAGACUAUUACCUCAGAUCACUUUCAGCAGGGUUACUUGACAUGUUCUGGGUGAAUUCGAAGCCCUAUAAGAACUUUGCCAGCCAACAUCCAGAGAUGCACCCCAUGUGGACAUUGUUGACACCAUCUUUUAAGUCCCUCAUUUUCUCACUUGCACUGUCUAUUCCACCAACCCCACCACAACCAAAAUGCCAGGUUCUUCCCUUGUCCAUUUCCCCAUGCCUCCAGACACUCCUUACCACUCUCCUUACUACUAAGUCAUUCUUGCCAGUUUCCAUGCAAUCUCCCACUUUCCUACUCCUUUCCCUUAUUAUGCAGAGUUCAAUAAGUAAAAUCACUGGUAGAUAAACAGGAAGCUGGAAGAGCACAGCAAGCCAUGCAGCAUCUGGACGAAAGGAGAUGUCAAUGUUUUGGUCUUGCCCUCCUUCAGGACUGGAUGUGGAGGUAGGAGGAGUUGCAGAUAAAGAGUUGUGGGGGGUGGUUAGCGAAAUGGUGGUGAUAGGUGAAGCCCAGUAUCCACCUGUCAUCACCAUUCUGCUUCUCUUCCCCUUUAUCUGCACUCCCCUCACCCCCACCUCCAGUCCUGAAGAAGGGUAAUAUUGACAGCUAACUGCUGAUUUCCUCCAGAUGCUGCUUGUCUUGCUGUGUUCUUCCAGGCUGCUGUUUGUCUAUCUUGGAUUCCAGCAUCUGCGGUUUCUUCUUGUCUCUCACCAAGUAAAAUCGCUGACCUCAGACACAACUGCAUAAGGCUGAGCUCUUGUUUAUAAAUGAAUGUGGACCAAUGCUAUGAGAUUCUCAUGCAAUGUUGACUUUAACUUGAAGGUAAUAAUUGAAAGUAGUUUUAUGCUCUUGAGUAUUAAUGGAGCACAGUUUUAUUACAAACAGGAGCCUAUCACAGCCUGGUAUGAGGUUUGGCAUGUCACAACCACAGUGCUGGUCUCUGACUUAAUCUCUACACUUCAACCCAACACCAGGAAAUUGAAAUUUCAGCUUCUACGCAAUUCAGUCACCUUACCUAUCACAUUUCCUGUUCUUGCAAACUCCAUGAAAUUCCCCUACUGGAUGUAGAGUAGAAACUUAGCAGUGUGGUAGAAUAGAGAUAACAAGGUCUAGAGCUGGAUGAACACAACAGGCCAAGCAACAUCAGAGGAGCAGGAAAGCUGAUGUUUCAGGUCUAGUCCCUUCUUCAGAAAUGCCAAUUAAGUAGAUUAAAUCAAAGUUUGCAAACAUCCAUCCAAAUUAAAAGGUGUCUGAAUCAGAUCCUUCCUCAUUUCCAGUCUGGAAUAUCUUGAUGGAUUAACAUAUUCUCUCUAAAUCUUUAUGUUGUGCUAUAAAUGUGUUGUGCUUCAGACUGGAAACGUAUUAAGCCUUUAUCAACUUAUCCUUUCAAGUUCACUUUAAUAUAUGCUUAAAAUAUUUAAGUGUAGAACAAUGUACCAUUUCACUAUUUAACAUCAAAUUUAUAAGUUCUGAGGAUGGGUCAUUGGACCCGAAACGGUAAUCAUGAUUUUUUUCUUCACAGAUGCUGCCAGACCGGCUGAGCUUUUCCAGCAACUUUGUUUUUGUUCUUAAAACUGCCAAUAUUUUGGUUUCAAAGUCAUACUCGGGUUGGUGAGCUCAUUAUAAGUACAUUCAUGCAAAAACUACACCAGUUAAUUGCAAAUUUAGGAAGUGCCAAAUAAGAAGAUUAAAUCAAAGUUUGCAAACAUCCAUCAAAUUAAAAGGUGUCUGAAACAGAUCCUUCCUCAUUUCUAGUCUGGAAUAUCUUGAUACAUGGAUUAACAUGGGUCUAAGUCUUCAUGUUGUGCUAUAAAUAUGUUGUGCUUCAGAUUGGAAAUAUAUGAAGCUUUUAUCAAUUUAUCCUUUCAAGUUCACUUUAAUAUAAGCUUAAAAUAUUUAAGUUACUUAUAAUAAACCUGUUUCAGAAUUGUAGCACCCCCUCAGUACAGCGGUACUUUCCAGCCCAGAGGUAAGGACAGUACCGUUGUGCAACUAGAUCUCAAAUAUAACAUAAUGAAUCUUGGAUUUAUAUGAAAUCUGACCAUUUCAAAAUAGUUCAGAGCAGUUGACCUGAAGAAUUACCUUUUGAAAUGCAGUCACUGCUUUGUAGACAGGGACCAUCUUGGGGCAGUGCUCAAACUGGGAAAAUUGAAUUGUGUUUCCUAUAGGUGAUCAGCAGUUGGGUAUCAGAGGUUUGGCUGACUUCUUUUUUGUUCCUGUUUAGUCACGAGAUUCUGCCCGAUUACAGGAUUCCUGUAACUGGCUUGACAGAAGUAAGCUGACUGAGAUCCAAGAUUUAAUCUGUGUUGAACCUGCUCUAUGUACCUCAGUGCUGCACGAUUAAGGGAUUAAUUUUAAUUAUUAUUAACACUUAUACGGAAAGAAAUUGAAGGAAUGCCUUGAUGAGAUUAUGCAGUAAUGUUGGGACAACCUGCAGAUUGAAACUUUGAUCGCACCAUAGACUUCCAAACAAUGAUGUAGUAGUUACUGUUCUCAUGACUUCACCUUUUUCUUUUAGGAAAUAACGUGAACCUGUAGAAGGAUUUUCAAGCUGGUCAACAGACCAGCCACAGUGUAAUUAUCUAUGUACCAGUUAUUAGAUUGACCCUGUGUGGCAAGAAGGUUCUAUAACCUCUCAUAACUAAUAUGAUAGUUGAGGUCCACCAAUGUGCUCCAGGCACAAAUAUUCCCAGUGGAUAUCAAACCAGAGUUUGGAUCUCCACAUGUCAAAACUGCCUAAAAAUCUCACACUCAGAGGCAGGAAUCUGAAAAGAAUGAAUCAAUUCAAUUAAAUCAAUAAUUAUUAAAUUGGUGCUAGUAAUUGAAGGGACCAUAUUUUCCUCUAUACUGUCAAUUUAUUAACCUGACUGUCUACCAUAUCUCCAAAAGGACUUUAAUAUUCAGAAGUAAAUAGUUAAGGAUCUAAUAUCUCUGAUAUAUUAUUCAAUUGACGGUUCUUAUGCUUUUAUGUUGUAAAGUAAGUUCAUAUUUAUGAUGUAUAGAUAAACUGCAAUCAUUACUGAAAGCAAAUGCUUUUUUACUGACUAUUAUGAGCCAAGGGGUAAAAGAAAACUUGUAAAUUGUUUGCAGUACCUUUAUUUGAGCUUUUUGCUCAGAACAUACAUUCAUGUGUAAAGAUAUAUUAAGUAGUGUUGUAACUAAUAUUAAUGUGCAAUAUAUGUAUAAGACACCACUGAAGUAUGUAAAUAAAUUUUUAAUAAGUGUCUAUGAGAAAAGGUGAAGUAUAGCUUACAAACAUAAAUUAAGGAUGCAAAGGGCAGAACAUUAUCUACACCAUUUCCUGUGUGCUUAUUCCUAGAUGUUAUAGACGUGUGAUUAUUUAGAAACUUCCUCAUAA